AGAGAGAGAGAGACGAGGGAGAGAGGGAAGCUGUAAAUGUUAUGCGUGGUUAGUGUGCGGUGGGGGUGGGCGUUGCCUCUCGCAAGGUGAGGAGCGAGAGAGAGAGCGAGAGAGGGCAGGGAGCAGAGAGAGAGGGAGGCAGGGAGAGAGAGAGAGCAGGGAGCAGAGAGAGAGGGAGGCAGGGAGACCAGCGGCAAGACGCGAGCGGACUUUCCCGCAUCUUCUGAGACGCGCAACGGGUUUGGGGAACGCUCCAAAGAGGAGGCGGGUGCCGGGUACACCGAACGAGACACACACACACAGAGAUACACACACACACAGAGACACACACACACACACGGAGAGACACACACACACGGAGAGACACACGGAGAGACGGACGGCCCUUUAAUAAGCCGAGAGUUCCGUGCAGAGCCACCCCCACGUAGCGGGAGGACACCGGCUUAGCAUCAUCAUCCUCCUCCGGCAGUGGGGCGAGAUUUGUUUUUUUUAUUUUCACGAAAUCUCCGAGACUCUGGUGAACUCCUCUACGACGCGCAGGCAGUGAGACAAGAUCCAGCGGACAGAGGGAGUUGGACACGGGACAGAUCGAGCGGAUAGAGGGAGUUGAACACGGGACAGAUCCAGCGGAUAGAGGGAGUUGGACACGGGACAGAUCGAGCGGAUAGAGGGAGUUGGACACGGGACAGAUCGAGCGGGCAGAGGGAGUUGGACACGGGACAGAUCGAGCGGACAGAGGGAGUUGGACACGGAGAGAGAGAUCCAUGUGGAGGAGGAUGGAGAGGUUCGCUGGCCCGGUGAUGGUGGUGGAGCUGAUGGCGGUGGUGAUGGCGAUGAUGGCCCCAUCAGCGUCCGCGUUCAACCUGGACGCGGAGAAGGCGCUGGUGAAGGAGGGCCCACAGGGCAGCCUCUUCGGCCUUUCGGUGGCCAUGCACCAGAAGCUGGAAAACAAGGGGUUCGCGAGCGUGUUCCUGGCGGGUGCCCCGCGGAGCAAGGCGGACACGAAGCAGACGUCGCACAACACCGGAGCGCUCUUCUCCUGCCCCUUCACCCCUGACCCCUCCGACUGCGAGCGAGUCAACUUCGACAUCAGUGAGUUUGUGGACAGGGAGAGCAAGGAGGACGAGUGGAUGGGCGUCUCCGUGGCGAGCCAGCGAGCCGGCGGCAUGGUCAUCACGUGCGCCCACCGCUACGAGAACCGUGCCUACGUGGGCCAGCCAGACCAGGAGCAGCGCCACCUGGUGGGCCGCUGCUUCCUGCUCACCGACCUGCUGGUGCCGGCCGAUGAACUCUUUUACUCCAGCUUCUGCAAGAACCGCGACAUCCGUCCCGACGGGUUUGGCAUGUGUCAGCAGGGCACGGCGGCGGGGUUCGUGCCCGACAGCGACUACAUCUACUACGGGGCGCCCGGCACGUACAACUGGAAAGGAAUUGUUAGAGUGGAACAGUGGAACAAGACCCUGGCAAAGGAUGCGAUUUACCUGGACCCGCAGGAGACUGGCGAUGAAAAGAAAAUGAAUCAAGAACUUAUCCCUCUGGCUUUCCACAGCUACCUGGGUUACUCGCUGGACGGGAGCCGCGGUGUGACGAACCGCGUCAACGUGUCCUUCCUGGCGGGCGCCCCGCGCGCCAAUCACACGGGCGCCGCGCUGCUGCUCAAGGCCAGCGGGCAGGCGGUGCUCAUCCCCGAGCUGCUCAUCACGGGCCAGCAGCUCGGCUCCGGCUUCGGCUACGACGUGGCGCUCGCCGACCUCAACGGCGACCGCUGGAUGGAGGUGCUGGUGAGCGCGCCCAACUACUUCAGCCGGCGUGACGAGGCGGGGGGCGCCGUCUACGUUUACCGCAACCGGCAAGGCAACGUCGUGCUGGAGAAGCCCACGGUGCUCACGGGGCCCCCGUACUCCGCCUUCGGCACCGCCGUGGCACGAGCCGGCGACCUCAACCAGGACGGCUUCCAGGACAUCGCCAUCGGAGCUCCGUUCGCCGGCAGCGGCAAAGUCUACAUCUACCACGGCGGCAAGGGCGGCAUCGCCACCGAGCCCGCCCAGGUGAUCUCGGGCCAGGAGCUGAAGCCGCCAAUUACCCAGUUCGGCUUCUCGCUCUCCGGCGACAUGGACGUUGAUGACAACACCUACCCGGACCUCCUGGUCGGCUCCAUGUCCGACAAGAUCGCCGUGCUGCGGAGCCGUCCCAUCGUGCGAGUGACUCACAACAUCACCGUGUCUCCUGAGCUGCUGGACGCCAGCGAGAAGAACUGCGGUUCGUACACAUGCAUCAAAGUGAGCCUCUGCUUCACGUACGUGGCCAAGCCUGCAUCCUACAGCCCACGGCUCGUGCUGAACUUCACGGUGGAGGCGGAGGUGGAGCGGCGCCGGCUGGGCAUGGCGCCGCGCGUCUCCUUCGUGCGAGGAGCGCGCGAGGCCGAGGUGCAGCGCGGCACGGUGGUCCUCAACGGGCAGAGCUCGCCCAAGUGCAGCGGCGACGUCGUCCUGCAGAUCAACGAAAACAUCCGGGACAAGCUGCGACCCAUCGUCGUCGUGGCCCAGUACGGCAUCCAGGAGACUCGCGCCGCCCGGCGGGGCAACCGCCAGGAGCCGGGGGACGUCGCCACGCUGGACAGCCGCCCCGUGCUCGACCCCACGCAGCUCACCCGCGAGAAGCUCGAGGUGAACUUCUUGAAGGAGGGGUGCGGUAGCGACGGAAAGUGCCACAGCAACCUGCAGCUGAGGCCGUACUUCUGCUCCGAGGUGAAGGAGGGCGACUGCACCCUGCUGCCCACCGACGAGACGGGGGCCCAAGUGCUGUCCCUGCGCUCCCAGAAGGACGUCACGCUGGGCAUGGACAUCAGCAACGAGCCGUCGAACCCCGCACGGCCCGACCUGGACGGGCACGACGCCCACGAUGCCCACCUCUCCAUCCUCAUCCCCAGCGCCAUCACCUACACCGGCUUCCGCAACGCCGAUAGAGCGGUGUCGUGCACGCCGCUCAACGACAGCGCCACGGAGUGCGAGCUGGGGAACCCAUUCAACAAAGGGCAGAGGACGAAGCUCUUCAUCCUGCUCGGCACGUUGCUCAUCACCACGGAAACCACGGAGUUCGCCGUGGAGCUGAGGCUGAGCACUGCCAGUGACCAGCAAACCCUGCAGCCGAUUGUGGCGCGUCUCCUCGUGAGAGUAGAAAUCCAGCUCUCCAUCACAGGGCUGGUGAAACCGUCUCAGGUGACGUUCGGGGGGCGCGUGCAGGGCGAGAGCGCGAUGAACGCGGAGGAGGACGUGGGCAGCCUCGUGGAGUACACCUUCGCCGUGAGCAACCUUGGCAAGCCGCUGCUGGCGGACAACGAAGACGGCACGGUGCUGGUGAGCGUCUCGGUGCCCAGCAGCACGGAGUCGGGGAAGUGGCUACUCUACCUGAUGAGCGUCCACACGGCGUUGGGCGCACAGCCGCCCGUGCCGUGCCAGCCCGCCGGCGUCGCUGUCAACGAGCUGAACCUCUUGCAGAGCUCGCUGGGUGGAGCGAGGAGGAGGAGGAGGGGGGCGGAGGAGGAGCGGGAGGGGGGCGGGGGCAGGAAGACGGCGCUCGUCAUCGGCGGAGGGAAAAAACCCUCGGCGACUUUCGACUGCGUGACGUCGCGCUGCCUGAAUCUGCUUUGUCCGCUCGACGGGCUCACGGGCGCUGGCACGGUGACGCUGCGCACACGCGUCUGGAACAGCACCUUCCUGGAGGAUUACAUCAAAUACGAGAACAUGGAGUUGUUCGUCACGGCCGGCAUCAUCUUCAGAGCCAAGAACCCCAACGUGAAGAUGCCGGACGUGACCCCAAUCAGGGUGCGUCUCACGCUGGACCCCGACGGCACGGUGACCCCGGCGGCGCCCGUCCCCUGGUGGGUCAUCGCCCUCUCGGUCGCCGCAGGUGUCUUCGUGCUCCUGCUGCUCGUCGUGCUGCUGUGGAAGUGUGGCUUCUUCAAGCGCCCGUCCCCCUACGCGCACAUGCCCAAGUACCAGGCGGUGCGCAUCCGCAAGGAGGAGCGCCAGCGCGGAGUCCCCCGGCCCGACAGGCCGGCGCCGCGGCGAGGCCCGCGGGCGCGCCGCUGGGUCACCACGUGGAGCGACCGCUACGCCAACUGCUAGCGCCGCCGGGGCACGGAACGCCGCCCCUGCCCCCCCCCGCCUACGCUCGGCCAUCCUUCCCAGUCCUUCAUCCUCAGCCCCUGCUCCCCCGUCCUCCCUACUCCCCACGGACGCUCCUCUGCUUCCCUGCGCGACGUGCGUCCCACCCUCAGCCGACCGGUCGUCCCGGAUGAGCGGUUUCCGCCGGUGUCGUCGGCAUCUCGUACGAGUCCGUCUUCGGCCCCGAGGAUCUGUGAGCCGGCUUCUGAUUGGACGAUGUGAUUUUUUUUGUCUUAUUCUUCUUCUUCUUCUUCUUCCCUGAAGAAGCUGGGUCGUGGCCAGCGGUUCGACGCCUUGACAUUCUAACUGCGCUGUUUCUACCGCGCUGCUUCUCUUGAAAUCGUCCCCCGAGAACCAUCUAGAACCGUCCCAUGAAGGUUCCUUCGCAGGUUUCCUCCCGAACGUUCCGUCGAUCUGUCGAACCUCUUCGCACUCCCCGCGUGAAGCCUCCCAUCCCAGGAAUUCCUCCCGGGAAUGCUGUUUCCGACUCCUCACCUCGAAGCCUUCGAAGUGAUCUCUUUGCAAGCCUAAGCCACUUGUAGCCUCGACGAAAUUCUCAAGCCCUCACGGAGCUGCCGGCUUGGAUCGACCCGGGUCGACUCCGUUGUGUCCAGCAUUAAUCCCCGACGACCGACGGACGAGGCUCUUGAUUUAAUCCACGUUCGAUCGUCAUGGCCCGAGUCAGUCCUUCAUCGGGAUUUGAACCCGUGGCCAUCCGGUUGGCGAGUCAGGAACCUCCGACUACUGAGGAACACGUGCUUCAACUGCUUCACCAAAUUUAAAUUCCAUGCCGGCUGACGUCGCCUGCGGCCCACUGAUUGUGGUGCUUGCCGUGCAGUUUCGUUCAUCCGAGUAAAACCCCCGCUGUGUGACCCGCAUCUACCUCCAGUGACCACGGUUGGCGACGUACGGUGUAAAAGAAGUUCAACACGCACGCACGCACGCACGUUUAAUUGACCACAGUGAGUGGCAGACUAAUACCCGCUGGUGAUUCUUGUGUUACCAACUCUCCCAGAUUGGCAGGGGGAGUCUCUUACCAGAUUAUCUGUAAUUAUCUGUAUCGAUCUCCUCCCCUCCACCCCCCUCCCCCCCCCCACCCCGGAUGACGAUUGAAAUGAAUGCGGGAGAUUUUAAGAAUAAUAAGAUUUAUUUAUUUUUUACGAGAAAAUAAAUUAAUCGUAGAAAAAUAAAACCUCUCCAGGGAUGGCUUCGGUCAGAGUUGGCUACCCAAUUGCUUUUGCAAGUGAGACUCCAAUCCCGGUCUCUGGUUCAACAGGAAACACUUUAACGGCAACAAACUAAGCGUACAAACGAGGAACCAAUGCGGUAACGGGGCAACGUCUCGUUUAAGAAGCAUCAGAUGUAAACGUGCGACAAUGCCUCCGUGCGUGGCUGCGCGAACGUUGAACUAUCGCAAGCCAAAUGUCAGUCUGGGCUCGAGUUUGAUCGACCUGCCCUUCAGAAACCCUCGAACCCACCACAGCCCCAGUAUAUUUAAAAAAUACAAACAUACACGUGUAAAUGUCCCUUCUUUUGCGCAAUGGUCACAUCGCGUGUUUUAUCUGCCGCUCUGGGCUGCGGUGGCGACAGGGCACAUCACCGGGGGCUUGCGGCGCACCGCGCGUUCCCUUCCGCACACGGCGAGACGCGAGGAAGUUCAACGUCUCCCCGGCCGUUCGAUCCAUCGACGUUUCAUCUCGCGACGCCCGCUCUCUGCACGCACGACGCGUCCGCGCGCGAAUCUUCGGAUCGGCGUUGCAGGGCACCGGUUCCCCCGUCCCGUUGUUGUAUGGGGCGGGUUAAACACGCGGCCACCGCAGCAGAGUCGGAAUGUUUAUUUACAGCUGGAGGAAUCCGAUGAGCUACGAAGCUCUUUUUCACGGAUGUCCAGUCGGGGCACGGGGUCGGAACGUCACAACGACAGACGAGAUAAAAAAAACACGCUAGGAGUGCAAAGCGUAAGAAAGGCAAAGAAAAUCACACAGAAAAAAAAAUCUACGAAAUAACACUACAUUAUUUUUUUUUUUACUGAUAUAGCCCACUGAGCUAUUAGCUUCUUUUUUCAGAAGCGACCUGGCCAUCACGAAUGGUAGCUCAAACGAGAAGUGGCUUAUCACGUGGGAAGAAUCGAUUCUUGAAUUUAAUCGUGACCACGGUUCUUUGCGGCAAUGCAUCGAAUCGUUACAGCGGGGGGGGGGGGGGGGGGGGGCGGGGGUGACGUAAACCAACUCGGUUUACGUCGCGGAUCCGUUCCUAAAAGGUCCCGACGACGAAUAUCGAAACGACGUCAAUCAAAGCGACGUCAAUCAAAGCGAUUUACGGGACAAGUAGGUGGUGGCGCUGGUGGAGGGCUGAGAGGCGACGGAUAACGAGAGGGGACGGGGGAGAUGAAGCUGUCCACGACGUGAGCGUGGCGGGGCGGGGGGGGGGAGAGUUGAGGCGACGCUAAUCAGGUAGCGGCUUUAACAAUGAAGUGACGACGUAUUUGAGAAGCGACGUUGUGGGGGAUUUCCGAUCCUCGGUCACUAAUUUGCGACACGCUGUGGCCCAUAAUCCGAGUACGCUUCGUUCGUGCCUCAUUUGACUUGAUAUUUUUCCGCCGAUUUCAUUUAUAUUAGAAGUCUAAUUGCUCCGGGGUGAGCCAUUUAAUGACGUCAAAUGGCCAGAUAUAUAUAUACGUGCACGUGCUGGCUAACCCCUGGCCCUGUUUUUCCCAGCGUCUCGUAAGGACGUGCCAACGCCACUAUCGAUGGGCCAAUCGGUCUAAGACGCAAAACGCCAAGAUUGUAAACUCUGCCCGAAGCGUCGUAAUGGCACGGGCUGCACCCUGUUUAACCCUCCCCACCAGAUUUGUCGUUGACUCGAGUAAAAACAUCUCAAAGCUUAACUCGGCGAGAGGGCACGAGGUCAUCAUCCCAAUUGUGUGUUGUCAAACCCCUUCCUCCACCCAACCAGCGCCGGUGAAUACAAAGUGUCGCCGAAAUGAAAUGUGCCAAACGUACGUGAGCGGUGGUGUUGUUUUGUUUGUUGUUGUUGUUGUUGAGUAAUCUCACGACAAUUAAAUCGUUACGGCGCAUUCGAUGGAGAUUGCAUCCAUCAUCGACAGGUUUUUGACGCGAGCUGGGAUCUCGAGGCACGUGUUCACACGACCUAACAACGAAAAUACGAAUAGUAUUGGCCGUGAAAUAACAACGUAGAAAAUGAACCGUCUAAGGUGGCAAACACUUUUUUUUAUUUCAUUUUCCUGGCUAAUGAAGAGUGAAUUAUCUGACCAAAAACUCCAUUCACUUCAAACGGUUAUCGCUUCAUUAACCCGUUAUUGGCAACAUCAAGGCCUUGGAAAACCAAUAAGCUGACACGGCCUCGGCUACUACGGACGACUGUCGAUGGGGGCUCGUGGAAUUUGGACAAUUGAUGCCCAACAAGAGAAGGCGUUGGUUGCAAAAAAACAAAAAGUGUGGUUAUUGAAGGCCCCCAUUAAUGUUGCGCUUGGGGUGGGACGGAGGUGCGGUGUGUGUACGUGCGUUGAACUUCUUUCGCACCGUACGUAGCCAACCGUGCCAAUCGGAGGUGCGGGGGAAGGACAACAAACUACGCUGGAGAGACACGUGACCACGUGGGUGGGACUCGGCAGUGGUCUCCCGUCCGCCACGUGUUUGCGUGAAGUCUCGGGGGGGGGAGGCGGGGGGUGACGCUGUUCCACAUUCGUCGCUGCGUCUGUGUGCGGAAGGGUCGAUUAGGAUCCCUGCGUGUGUGAAGAGACACGAUGUUUGAUUCUCGACCCGUGUGUUCUAAGGUCGCCCGCGAAAUGUGUGUAAUUUAACGUUCUUUUAGAGUCACCAAGAUUGCGUAACAUCACAAAGGAAAUAUAUAAUAGGUGGGUUUUUCCCUCUCACGGGGGAAAAACACAGGUGGACCAUUUGAAAUCCUGUAAAAGCCUUGGCGAUGUUGAAUCUCGGGUGACCGUAUUCUCCAGAAUAUAAGACGCACUAUACCACCGCGCCCUUCUACCCUCUUAAAAAAAAUGUUACUAAAGUUAGGGGAGGUGGGGGAGAGUGGGGGGGGUCAUGUAAUCCGCUAGCCGUGUUUGGUUAUCCGUCUGACUUUCUGGAGUCUGUCUUAUAAUCCGGAGAAAACGGAAAGUGUAUUUUCUAAACAUAUCCACAGGAUCGAUGUAAAACGUUUCUCCAAAUCCAAUUAUGGAUUUAACAAUGUUUAGAUUGGUUUGUUUUUUUAUAUAUGUAAAGAAUGACAUCGAUGGGACCUUUUUUUAUUUGCCCGAGAGGGUGAAGCCUAUUACUUUUUUUCAUCAUAAAGGAUUUACAUUUAUUUCUUUAAAAAAAAAAUGCAUUCGCAUUCAUGACAUUUUAAUUCAGUAACAAAAAAACGGUUAUCCAUAAAACAUUUUUUUUACUUUUCUAAGGAGGAGGCGACGGUGUGGAAUGUAACAUUGUAUUUGUUAGUUUCGGCCUAACCAGUUUUGUUUCUUCCGGGGUGACGGCGACGACGACGACGAUUCAGGGUGGUAGAGAGAGAUAUUUUAAGCGUCGUCUCCGGCAGAGGGGUCAUCAAACUCUCCUGAGUCCUGCCCCCUGUCGCAGACCCUCUGGGCCCACGUUUGAACGCGUCCGCAAAUCGACAACUCGGAUGCCUCGCGCGUCGCACAAAUUCGCGCGCGCAGGAGUGGCGCGUGCGGUUGCUGGUGUCACGGCAGAGAGGCCCGCUGCUAGCCGAAUCACAUGCAAUGUUCGAAUUAGCAAGUGCAUUUUAAAUUUCGUCGUUUACAAAAAAACCCAUGUCAGUCGCCGACGAGGCCCAUUGGACAAACUGGAAGGCAGAAACAGCCAGGCGGUGAGCCGCCGCUACCAACAAUUGCCCCAAGCUCUGCAGUCCUCCGUAUAUUCAGAUGAAGUUCAAUUUCAACGACCGUUUUUUUCAACGACGGAGAUCGCAGCAGUCGGUGUGUGUGCGUGUGUGUUCAAGUUACGUUUCCCCCCCCAGUCGUCUGCAAUUUCAAUAUACUUCGUCCAUCUCUGUGGCAAUGUGGACAGUCGGAUUGGAGUCUGUGGGCAUUGUGUGGUUGUGCAAUACUACUGAAGACAUCGUCACUGACCACAAAGUAAUGCUUUUUGUUUUAUUAAAAUAUGAAAUGGUUACGAUUUAAAGCAACAGAAAUAAUAACGAAACAUGAUACUGUAUAUGUGAUUGUGAGAAAUGUGUGUUUUUUUUUUGCUAAAGCAUUGUAAAUAGCGUGCAGGGUAUUAAUGUUGUUUUAGCUUGGUCUUAUGCCACGUCGGAAUCCGCAAGGAUAAAUCCACCUUGAGUGGUUGCUGUGUCUGCCGUGUUUAAUACUCCGAAAGGAUAGACGCUCGGAGCAAUGUGCCGCAAUUACUCCGCGUUGUGCCAUUU